GUAAAAUGGUCGGGACGGAUGGAUUUGGGAGAGGCCAGGUUGCCGCACGCGCUCACAGCAGACACAGACCCUGGAGGAGAGAGCCCAGGAAGGCCUCAUCCGCUCGUUCUCCCCAAUCAAACAAGUCCUCCGUUUGUUCCGUCUGUCUGUGCCGGCGGGGCCGAACUCUGCGCCCUCUAGAGCUCCCGGUCCUCAACAAGGCAGCCUCUAGCACCCUCCCGGGCAGCGUCCCCACGUCCCCAAUGUCACGUCUCACUGCGAACCCCUUCCAGCGCCCGCCGAUGUUCCAAUUCCCUCAGCGGGUGCCGGCGGGCACUGGGCUGCAGAGCCCCCCGGACACGGAGCCUGUCCCGCCCAACCUCUCGAUGUCCACGGCGAACGCGUCCGUUGCGGUCGGCCUGGAUACGUUACGUUUCCCCGAGCCAGAACCGCACGCGUACGCCGAGCCGCCCCGCCCGAGGAAGGGACCCACCCUAUCGUACUACAACUCGGGGAUACGAGAGGCGCGCGAGCGCACCGUGCAGCGCAGCAUGAAGUCCUUCAUCGUUGUCCUGCCCCCGCCGAGCCUGAUCGACGAGCACGGCCCGCUGGGGCACACACUAUCCACCGGCCCUCGCCACCGGUUGCGCGAUGGCAUUCUCCUUCCGCUCUUUCCCACGAUCUUUGGCCAGCUCUCCGCCAUCGCGAAGGAGUUCAAUUUUCCAAGCACGGCUGGACUGUGUCUUUACCUCCACAUCAACGAGAACGGGAUCACGAUGACACCGCGCAUUUCUGACGACGCCUGGCCGCUCGUCUGGAGCCAUGCCUUCGACGCGUCCUCGCACGGUGGCCGCCUACCCAUCGCGGGCAAGGUCGAGUUCGACAUCGACUUUACGCAGGCCCGUUGGUUCCGACUAUGGGUCAGCGGCUCUCAUCGCGAGCAAGAAAUCCCCUUCAUGAUGGAUAUGCCACCGUCGACCAUUGACGGACCGGUAUCGUCCCCGCCCCGACAGCACGAUCAUUCCCGACACGAGAGUAGAACGACAUCCAUUGGCGACCAGCACUCGCAGGCACCCACUCAGUCGCAAGCGCCUACCCUUUCCAAGCGGGUCAGCCAUGUACCGAGGAAGCUCUCGUUGGUAGAGCGUUACGACUUCCCAACUUCGCAACCGCAAUCGCGCACGCCAUCGAGGCCGACUCUGUCCCCGGCGCGCGAGCUCUCCCCGAUCCUGCAAGAGGACGAACCGCAAAGCGCACUUGAGCGCAAGGUGCGCAAGUGGCGUGCGCGCACGUCGGCGGUCCUCCCCUCACCCCUCGGCGUCAAUGAUGCAGAGAACGCAGUCGAGGAGGCACCUGAACACGAAGAGGGCGCUGAUGAGGAAGACGAGGUUUCCGAACUCAAUCUCGAGGACUAUGCCUGGUCGAUCAGCUCCUAUGGCCCGCCGGACUACGACCAGCAGAUGUCUCUCUACGGCUCCCUCCGCGUGCCCUCUGUGCACAUCGCCGCGCGCGCGCAGGGCUCAGUGAUGCUGACGCCAACGACUGCGACGUCGUGGGGAGCGCUCAACCUCCCCUCGCCCGCGCUGACGCGCUCGCGCAUCGACUCGCCUGAUAUCGCAAUGCGUCAUCUUGAAGAUUGCCCGCCUACGCCGACGACCGCAACCUCAUGGGGCCCGCCCUCUGAGUGGCCUGCGUCUCCUGUGUAUCAGUACGCCACAUAUCGCACCCCGAGCGUCGACCUCGCGCAGCGCAUGAUGGACAGCCGGCCGUGCACGCCGACCACUGCGACGUCCUGGGGUCCCGACUCCUACCCGGUUUCCCCUGUCGAAGGUUACGAGUACCCUCGCUCGCCCUCGAUCCACCUGGCCUACCGCGGUGACUUCAGCCGCCCCGUCACGCCCAUGACCGCCACGUCGUGGGGCGCUCCCUCCGAGUACCCGCCCUCGCCUGCCGCCCGCUCGUACUGCCCGUCUAUUCACCUCGCCGAUCGCGGAGAGUUCAGCCACCCGGUCACACCGAUGACGGCCACCUCGUGGGGUGCGCCGUCGUGGCCGGCGAGCCCGAUGUACCAGGACAACCAGGAUCGCAUCGCCACGCCCGACGCUGCCCAGAUCGUGUUCGACUUCGACGAUGAGCGCGGUGUAAAGCGGGCGGUACGCAAGCCGCUACCUCAGGACGAGUACCCGCAGAACUUGUACAACAUCUAUCCUGCGGUCCACGCUCGUACCGCCGUCCAGCUUCAGGUCACUGUCGAUUCGCCCCGCGAGCUCGCUCAGCCUUCGCCGAUCAAGGGCACGCCGUGGAAUCAGGUUUGGCCAUACAGGAAAGCUGCAUCUGUGGCCGAGUCUGUUUCUGACUACGCGGAGAGCGAGGUCGAGGAUACGACCUCGACACAAGCUACGGAAACGUCGAUUAAGCCACUUUCUUUCCCUUACUACGAUGCUUUCGCUGCCAAGCCCUGGGACCACGUUUGGCCGUACACUCAGGCUUACCCCGGUAACUUGGCUAACGGCAUCUAUCCGCCGGUAUCGCAAGCGCGGACCGUCGUCGAGCCAUCUUUGGAGGACAUUGUGGUAGCCAGCGAAGCGCACGAGUACCAGGAAGAAGAGGAUCUCCACUCGGUGUACGACUCUGAGUCCAGCGAGGAUUUCAUCAUGACGAGGCCGAAUCCCUUCGCAGGUAUCAGAAUCGAAGUCGCUACGGAGGUUCACGACGACGAAGAGGCCCUUCACGCGCUCUACGAUUCGGAAGAGCACUCGGCACACGACGAGGAGGACCUUCACUCGGUUUACGACUCGGAGGAAGAAGAUGAGGAUCGCUACGUGCAACGGCCGAACCCAUUCGCGGGUAUUCAAAUACAGGUCGCUACCGAAGUCCACGAAGAUCCCAUCGAGGCUAUUGUCGAGAACCAUGCUGAGGAGGUUAUCGAGGAGCACGUCGACGAGGAGGCCUCGGGAUAUGACUCGGAAGAGGAUGAGGAGCGCUUCGCGCCCAGGCCGAAUCCUUUCGCGGGUAUCAAGAUCGAGGUCGCCACUGAGGUUCACGAAGAUCAAACUGAGGUGCACCCAGAGCAAGACGAGGAGGAAGCGCUCUCUGUGUACGACUCGGAGGAAGAUGAGGAUCCCUUCAGGCAGAGGCCCAACCCGUUCGCAGGUAUUCAGAUUCAAGUCGCUACUGAAGUCCACGAAGAUCCGUUCCAAGAUCCUGUCGAGCAGCACGAAGAGGAGAAUGAACACUCGGAGUACGACUCGGCGGAGGAGGACGAGGAGUUUGUCGUGCAGAGGCCAAACCCGUUCGCAGGCAUCACGAUCUCGGUAGCCACUGAAGUGCACGAGGAUCCCGUCCCACAGGCUGCUCCGAAGCACGUCGAGGAGCGAGGUGCCACCCCGAUGUCCUUUCCUCACUACGACGCCUUCAAGGCCGCCCCGUGGCAGCAAGUCUGGCCGUACACGCUGGCUUAUCCCGACAACUUGAGCAACGGCAUCUACCCGCCUGCAUCCACUGAGGCUGAGGCUGCGCCAGAGAUCCCCGACGAAGAGGAGGACGAGCGCGAGCUGCCUCCCCCUCGCGGCAUCAUGAUCUCCGUCGCCACUGAGUCCCAGAUCGUCAGUGAAGUCGAGGAGCCUGAAGAGGAGCCAUCUUCGCCGAUGUCCUUCGCUUCGUACGAUGUGCGCAGGGGCGAAUCCUGGGACGAUGAGCUCCCGUCGUACAGCCAGAUCGGUGAGACCGUGCAGAUCCCCACAAUCCAGAUCACCCCAGAGUCGGACUAUGAUCAUGAGGAGGAGCCGCCGACGCCGAUGUCGUUCUCGGAGGUCGAGGCGUUCCCGGAUACGCCUUGGCGCCAGGUUUGGCCGUACACUCGGGCGAGUGAGAUUGGGUCUCCGGCGGGACAGUCUCAAGCUAGAAGCUAUCCGUUCAUCUGCAUUUACGCUCCGGUUUACCCUCACUUCGACUUGUACCCGAUGCCGGCUGCACAGGUUCUCGCUAUUGUAUCUGAGUCAUCGUCCUCGGCGACACGCAGGUCAGCGAAAACACGCCGUACGCAUGCACAGCUUCACGCCAUGGUCAUGCACGAAUCUGCAAGCCUAUUCCAGCCAAUCACUGCAUGCAAGGCUCGCCGUUCGCAUGCUGAUCUACACAACCUCGUCAUGCGCGAGCAGAGCGCCAUGUCCAACAAGGCGCGCACUAUCCCCGUAGUGACGAGCGCUGGGUACUACCCGAACCUUUCGCUAUACGCCCCGGUGUACCCGCAUUUCGAUCUGUACCCGGCUCCCGCUGCACACAUGCCUGCUCGUGCUCGGCCCAUGUCGCGUCGCGUCCGUAUCUCGACGUCGCCUAUUGGGCCGCCGCCAAUGGGUCCCCUGCCACCUGCACCUAGCUCCCGUCCCAGCUCCGUUGCCUCGUCUCGUACUAACUCGGUCUCCUCCCUCUCCCAAUCGCCCAUCUCCCGCUCCUCGAUCUCGAGGUCUAACUCGCCGCGUUUCUCCCGCACCGCAUCGCCCAUCGAGAUGCGCACGUCACCGAUCGAGGCGCGCGCGUCUUCUCCCCUAACCAUCCACUCCUCUUCGCCAUCAACCAGCUCUAAUGCCAAGACUUCUUCGCCUCUGAAGCAGCGCUCCCUGUCCCCGCCCAAACCUGCUCGUCACCGCCUGACGCACUCUGAGCUGCACGCUAUGGUCAUGCUCGAGAUGCGCAUGGCCGAGAUGACCCGCGACGCGCCGUCCCUCCCGCGCGAUGCGGCCAAGCUCACCUCUGGGUCAGCGCGGCUCUCAAUGCUCCGCUCAGGCGCUGGCCCUUCGCUCCCCGCGAAUCCCCGCCCGCUGUCGCGCGCAGUGUCGGACAGGCGAUCAGAGUACAUUGGGCGCGUGGACGGCCUGCGGUCGAGGUUUGCGGAGAGGGAGAACGUAAAUAAUCUAUCGGCGAAUCGGAUGAGCUUAGCGGAGGGAACCAUGAGCAGAGGCCAUGUGGCGCGCGCGUCGUCGAUGCGCGAGACGUCGUUCAGGAAGAGUGACUCGGAGGGCAAGCUCAGUGCGGCGCCGGCCUUGCGCUCGAGCUCGUCGAUCAGCAGGCGGAUGGAGAUGCUGCAAGAGGCGGCGUCGAAGCCGGCGAGGGCGAGUGUAAUCAUGGAGGAGGACAAGGGAUUCCCGAGGAGGCGCCAGUCCGAGGUGCCGACCUUGCGUGACCUGUCGCGCUUCCCGAUGCCUCCUGCACCACCGAUGCCGUCUGGGCAGAGGCCGUUCGGGUCCUUCUGAGCGGAUCGUGAGGUUCUGCUUGUACAUGCUUGCGUAUCAACAUUUCUGCAUGCUCGCUCCUUCCCUGCUUGUCAAUGCUUGCGCCUCUCAGCUUGUACAUGCUCGUAGCUGACAUUCUCACUCCUUGUCCACGCUCACACCUCACCGUUGUCGUCCAGCCUCGCUGCUCGUACAUACCCGCACCUCACCGCUGUCGUCCAGGCAUUGCUAACUUAUCCGUCGUGUUGCUCUCUUGCAUCGCAGUCCUUCGUUCUCAAACAUCUAGUAGAGGUAAUUUUUGUGACUUUAUUUAGGGGGUCCAUAAAGUACAGUAUUUCGAUAUUCAAUGCAUAACAACGUUGCUUGCGCGCGAGCAGCGCUUAUGGAAGAAUCGUAGGCGAGGUCG